CCAACCGUAAUUUUCCAAAGACAAUGGCGGAAGACAGCACAGAGGUAGAGAACUUACAAACCCAGCUCAGAACAACCAAAUCUGAUCUGAGAACAGCCAUAGUCAAAGUGGAUGAGAUGACCAAACAGCUCCAGUCUGUUCAGCACCAGCUAAAGAGACAGGAAGAAGAUGAAGCAGAGGCUCAGAGGAGAGAGGAAGCAGCACAGAAACAAAUCCAGCACCUUCAGACAACCAUCAGCCAGCAAGAGACCAGAAUAAAAGUUGCAUGUCAGGAGGCAGAGACUGCACUCAAAGAUCAAGCUAUGUGGGAGAAUACAGCAGCGAACCUAAAGGCCCGUUGUUCUACUUUAGAACAGGAGAAGUAUGAGGGUCUGGACAAAGUGCGAGAGUGUGUUGAGAUGGCUGAGGAAGCAACAUUGCAGAAGGAAGAGGCUCAGUUAAGAGCAAAGCAGUUGAGGGAGGAGCUAGAGAAGACAAAAAAGGCCUUCCAACAGUUGAUCAAGGACGCUGCUCUUUGCUUCAAUAAAGAGCUGGAUAAUAUUCGUCAGCAGUGCAACACUGAAAUGCAAAGUAUGGCUGAAGAAUUGUCUCUAUUGCAAAUGGAGUGUGUGGACAAACAGUCUCAGAUUGAGAGGUCAAAGCGAGAGAGAAAAGCUUUUGAAGAGGGAAUGGCAAAGGUAGAUUGCAAGGUAGACGAUGAGCUUCGGAAGAUUGAUGACUUUCACCAUAGGUGUCUAAAGGCAGAGCGGAUGAGGGAUGAAAUGAGCAUCAUUUUAGAAAGUACCCAAAGCAAACUAAAAAAGUUGGAAGCGGACUACAGUGAGGAGUUAUCCCGACGCCAGGAAGAAGUGCAACAGCUAAAGGGCUGUUUGGAUGCAGCAAGAGAGGACUGUGGCAGAAUCAGUGAUGAGCGACUCCAGUUGCAACAGGAGAAUGUUCAGUUCCGCAGGGAGAUGGAUGAGCUGCGGAAGGCUUCUUUGCAAGUCCAAAAGAAGGCCAAACAACAGAUUACACAGAUGAUGCAAGAGUACAGCAUUAAGGAGAAAACACUAAAAGGACAGAUGAGUGACCUGGAGGAGCACAGUCGCAGCUCAAGUGCUGAUCUGAUGCGCCUUCUGACAGCACAGCAGAAAAGUAUCCAGCGCUGGAAAGUGGAGGCGUCAAACAUGGCCCAGGCUUUGGAAUCCAGAAUUAAAACUCUCACAGAAGAAUUGGAUCUACACCAACAGCGUUCACAUGAGUAUGAAAUCCAGCUGUCAAAAAAUAACGAUACUAUUGUGGAGUAUGAGAGACAGCUGGCUGUAUUCCGAGAGAAAGCCAGUCGCCUCCAGAGACGACUAACUGAAGUUGAGCAACAAACUCUACCUUCACAACAGGCUGACAGCAGUUCCCAAUUAGCUCUUGGAUAGGUACUUUGCUUGCUUUUUUCUCCGGUAUGGCAUCCCAGGGAUGAAGGGCCAGUCUUGAUUCCUCUGAACUCUUAUCAGUGACUCGUUUGUCUUUAGAACAUUCACAAUGAACUAUAAAAAAAAUACAAACACCAGAGGUAUGCAAUAUAAAAUGUAUGUUUAUUGAUUUGCCACAAUUGUUUUCCAAUCUUUAAGUUAUUACUGAACCAGUCCAUUCAUACAUGUACAAACAUCACAAAAUCAGAAAGGGAAUUAAAUAAAAAAAAAUGUACGAAAAUCCAGAAAGGCAUGAAAUACACUUUGUUAAAUUCCAUCAUAUGACUAUGCCAAAAUCACUGACACAAAUUACUGAAAGACAUGUUUCCACAUUCGUGACAACACACACAAAUGCCGCA